AUGCGCAUGUCGAAGUUUAAGCAAAUGAAAAGAACGAGCGGGCAGGCACCCAGACUUCUCCUUCCGCUGUCCCUCGGCAUUUCUUCCUCGGUUCUGUUGCAGAUUAUUAAUGAGGAUAUUGAGCGGCAGCUCGCCAAGAAUUUUGUCAAUAUUGGCUUCGAAGUUCAUGUGCUUGUCGUCGAUGAACAAAAUGGCGCUUUCGACGCGGUCUAUGAGGCAGUCACCAAGGCUUUCCCCAGGCUUUCGUUUACCAAACUGCCAUUGCACAGCGUCUUCGACUAUGUCACAGAAAUGAAAGAGAUUAUCGAGGAAUAUGCCGGUCAUGCUGUGGUCGACUGGGAGGAAUUGUCCAACGAGGACCGCCUCGCGGCUUUCCGUGCUGCGAUUUCCAGUCCUACAUCCAAGGCUGACUUGAACUCUGUGCUCUUGACCCGCCUGGUCGUUGAAUAUGCAAAAAGCAUGAAAUGUGAGACUGUCAUCUGGGGUGAUUCGGAUACGCGCCUCGCUGCAAAAACCCUAGCAAGUGUCGCUAAAGGCCGCGGUGCCUCAUUGACUUGGUCCGUGUCUGACGGCAUGUCUCCUUGGGGCGUCAACUUUGACUUUCCGCUGCGAGACCUGUCAAAGCCUGAACUGGAGCAGUACAUGAGCGUCUGUCAGGAGCUUUCAGGUGUGGUCGUUCCUGACGAACCUAUUGCAGAUGAUGUUUUGACCAAGAAUCUUUCUAUCGACGAGCUCAUGAUGCGCUACGUGCGGACGCAAGGCGAGAAAUAUCGAGGUGUCAUGGCGAACGUUUCAAGAACUGCAAACAAAUUGCAGUCAACCAUCGAAUCCGAUGACCCUUCAUGUCCGCUGUGUGGAGGACUUGUAGGAAAUGUGAAGGGAAAUUCCGGGGUCACCGUCGCGAAUCAGUCCAGCGACAACUACAGUGCCAGAUUUUGUUACGGAUGCAUGAGGUCUCGCCCAGAGGCAUUCAUGAAGUGA